GUCUGACUCAAUUCCCCCGCGGCUUUAUCUCUGCAGAUCAGAGAGUACAGAAGAGAGUACGCGGUGAGAAGCUUCAAUAAACUCGACCCACCACACGAAAAUUGCCUCAAAAACCAACUUGGUUCUUUGUUGAAUUUCUGUUAAUUUCAAGUUUUCAAUUGAGUUAGUUUGAUUUUUUAAUACUAUCUUCAUUUUAUAAUAAACAGUGAUCUGCUCUGUAUGUAAACAGAGCUGUUUGGUCUUUACUUAUAUAUAUCUGGGUUUUUCUAGGUCUAAUUCUGAGUCUAUGAUAGUGGAUUUAUCUGGAAACAUGAGGGUUUUUGUUGUUUGCCUCCCAGAUAAAGACCGGUUUUAAUUUAUUUCAUCUUUUGCGUAUAAGGUUUAUGCCUUGAAAAGCAGAAUACAUGAACUUGUUGAUGGCCUGAUGGUUUUGUUUUGACAUGUGGUCUUACUUCAAAUGUGUUGCACUACAAGGUUUUGAUUUUGUUAGUCAAUAGAUGCGCUAGCUCGUUUAUUGGUGUAGAGAGAGAAAGAAAAUGGGAUCUGGGAAUGGGUUCUACUCAGUGCAAGAGUUCAAUUUGGACUCCAAGUGGUUGAUUGAUCCGAAGCUUCUUUUUGUUGGGCCGAAGAUUGGAGAAGGUGCGCAUGCCAAAGUGUACGAAGGAAAGUACAUGAAUCAGAAUGUUGCUAUUAAAAUUGUAAAUAAAGGGAAGCCAGAGGAGAUUGCCAAGAGGGAAGCCCGGUUUGCAAGAGAGGUUGCAAUGUUAUCCAGAGUUCAACACAAAAACUUAGUGAAGUUUAUCGGAGCUUGCAAGGAACCUGUCACGGUCAUAGUCACUGAGCUUCUUCUUGGUGGGACAUUGCGAAAGUACUUGCUGAACAUGCGGCCAAGGUGCUUGGAUAUGCGUGUGGCAAUUGGGUUUGCACUUGACAUAGCUCGUGCAAUGGAAUGCUUGCACUCACAUGGGAUCAUACAUCGUGACCUGAAACCUGAAAACUUGCUAUUGACGACAGACCAUAAAACAGUGAAACUUGCGGAUUUUGGUUUGGCAAGAGAAGAGUCAUUAACAGAGAUGAUGACUGCUGAAACGGGAACCUACCGCUGGAUGGCUCCAGAGCUAUACAGCACAGUUACAUUGAGGCAUGGAGAGAAGAAGCAUUAUAACCACAAGGUGGAUUCCUAUAGCUUUGCAAUCGUGCUUUGGGAGCUCAUACAUAAUAAGCUCCCAUUUGAAGGCAUGUCUAAUCUGCAGGCAGCCUAUGCAGCUGCCUUUAAAAAUGUGAGACCCAGCGCUGAUGAUCUAACGGAGGAUUUGGCUUUAAUUGUAACUUCAUGUUGGAAGGAGGACCCAAAUGCUAGGCCUAACUUCAGCCAAAUAAUACAUAUGCUUCUGCAUUAUCUUUCCAAGAUUUCACCACCAGAACCUGUUAUCCCCCAGCGGAUUUACAUGUCCGAGAAUGCUGUCUUGCCACCAGAAUCUCCGGGCACAAGCUCCUUAAUGCGAGUACGGGAUGACUCUCGGGGAACCCCGAAACCCCCUAUUGAAUACAAGUCAAAAGGUUUCUUCUUCUGCUUUAACCAAUGCUACUGAUCCACCCCCCCCCCCCCCCCCCC